AUGUCGUCCGGUGGAAUCGCAUUCGCGCCCAACGUAACCCCAACCACGUUCAACGACCCUCCCCCGCCCAUUGCCAAUGACGAUGACGGCCCGGAAUCCAUGCUCUUCCCCGCACAUGACGAGGACGCGCUGCAACCGCGCAAGACCAGCAGGAAGAAGCCAGACAACUACAUCCCCCGCCCUCCCAAUGCCUUCAUUCUCUUCCGAUCCGCGUUCAUCCGGAGCCAACACGUCUCUACUGGUGUCGAAACCAACCAUAGCACGCUCUCCAAAAUAAUUGGCAUGACUUGGCAAAACCUCCCCAACGAGGAACGCCAGGUAUGGCAUCGAAAGGCGAAGCUUGCUGAGGAACAACAUCGGUUGAAGUUCCCGCAGUACGCGUUCAAGCCGCUUCAUUCCAAGAAGAAGGGUGGGAAGCGGAAGGUGAGGGAGGUGGGGCCUAAGGAUCAGACGCGGUGCGCGAAGAUAGCCGAGCUGCUGGUACAGGGCAAGAAGGGGAAGGAACUCGACGAAGCCGUGAAGGAGUUUGAUAAACACCACGUCCCGACUAUUGUCACGCGCUUCGAGGCCCCUAUUACUGAGCAGUCGUUCCGGCGGUCGUCGUCGGAACCAGCUUCUGUCAAGGAGGAAGAGGGCGCGCCUGCUGGUCUUUCCACCAAGCCGAGAGCUGCUUCCAGUUCGCAGGUGUCCUGCCGCUCAGCGUCAAGUGCCCCCAGCUGUCCCUCACCGCUCUCGACGGAGAUCCUGUCCUUGCCAGUUCCAUUGCAAACCCAGGGCGUGUCGGAGCAGGACACGUAUCUGGGAGUCCCCUCUUUCGACCAGUACGGGUUCGAGCCUACACCAAGCGAACACACCUUCGAUUUCAAUUCAUUCACUUUCAAUUCCAACAUUCAUUCAUCCGACACUCUUUACCAAUUCGACUCGCAACCGCAACCACUGACCAUCCAUCCCCUGGAUAACACGUUCGUUCAGCCGUCGUCAUCAACACCAUCAAACCAAUUGAUUCCCCCUCACCUGUCAAUUGACACUUCGCUCAGCGUGGACAUGAAGAGUUGGUCGCGGUGUAAUAGCCCGGCGUCACCUUCGACUAACACAAACAGUAUGCCCACGACACCCGCCUACGCCGGGACGCCUCCCCCACCAAGUGGGAGGUAUAGGGUGCGGAAUACUUCCACUCCCGAAUAUACGUACCAGCAUAAGUCGUCGUACAACACCGCGACGCGCUACCAUCCGUACCAGGGCCUCGCAUCGACGUACGACAGCGCGCAAGUCCCGAUCAUGGAGCCGCACUGCGAUUAUACGCGCACUCAGCUCCCACCACACGGGUCUGAAGUGCAACACGUGGACCUUGACUAUUCGUCAUUCAUGGCUUCAAUGAAUCCCUACUCAUUAUAA